AUGCAGUCUAUCUUACUCCCUCAUCUGGUCAGUCCAUUCAAUUUUAACUCUACACUCGGGGAUUCUAAUGCCCUUUUGCAUCCUUGGAAAGCUGCUGGCAUUCUAGAUGACAGCAAAUCGAAGGCAAAGCAGAUAGAGGAAGGCAUCGAUCGGAGAUCCAAAGCGUCCAUUGUCUCCAGCAGCGGCAUCGGUGCAGACUCCACAGCCAGCCCCCAGCUCCAUUCAACCAGGUAUUACACCGCUUGCAUCUCCGCGGGCGUCGCUGCUUGCGGCCUCACUCAUGCCCUCGUCACUCCUCUCGAUCUCGUCAAAUGUCGAAGACAAGUUGAUAAGACUCUCUACAAAGGAAACUUGGAUGGCUGGAUCAAGAUUUAUAAGGCCGGCGGUGUGGCCGGACUGUACACUGGUGUAGGUCCCACUUGGCUUGGGUAUUCUGUCCAAGGCGGUUGCAAAUAUGGGUUUUAUGAAUAUUUCAAGAAGAAAUACGCGGACGCCGUGGGGCCAACGAAUGCAGUUAAAUACAAAGACGGGAUAUAUUUAGCGAGUUCAGCCACAGCGGAGCUGAUAGCUGAUGCGGCCUACGUGCCGCUGGAAGCGGUCAAAGUGCGGAUGCAGACGACGAUCCCGCCCUUUGCCGCGGGGACGGUUGAUGGAUUCCAGAAGUUCGUUGCCGUCGAAGGUGUCCAAGGUCUUUACAAGUCCCUCGGCUCGCUUUGGUCUCGUCAGAUCCCUUACACUAUGAUGAAGUUCUGGUCCUUCGAAGCUACGGUUCGCAGGAUCUACGCCUCGCUUGUUGUGUCCCAUCCCGCUGAUACGAUGGUCUCGAAGUUGAAUGCGGUUGGUAAGGAAGGAUCUGGGAAGCCUACGGUUAGCUCGAUCUACAAGGAGAUCGGAUUUGGAGGGCUGUGGGCCGGUCUUGGCACCCGCAUUGUCAUGGUUGGAACUUUGACUGCUCUGCAAUGGCUUAUCUAUGAUUAUGUGAAAGUGGCCUUUGGAUUCCCUACCACUGGUGCUGCUCAACCUCAACAUAAGUAA